UGAACGGGGAGACGAUGGCGGUGCCGGUGGUUCAGGCCGUGCAGGCUGUCCAUCUGGAGUCGGACGCCUUUCUGGUUUGUCUGAACCACGCCCUGAGUACGGAGAAAGAGGAGGUGAUGGGUCUGUGCAUCGGGGAGCUGAACGACGACGUAAGGAGUGAGUCCAAAUUCGCACACGCCGGAAGUGACGUGUGCACGGUUCCGGAGAAGGUGGAUUCGAUCAGAGUCGUCCACAUCCACUCGGUCAUCAUCCUGCGCCGUUCUGACAAGAGGAAGGACCGCGUGGAGAUUUCCCCAGAGCAGCUGUCUGCAGCCUCGACUGAGGCGGAAAGGUUGGCGGAACUCACUGGCCGUCCCAUGAGAGUCGUCGGCUGGUACCAUUCGCACCCUCACAUAACGGUGUGGCCUUCACACGUGGAUGUUCGCACGCAAGCCAUGUACCAAAUGAUGGACCAAGGCUUCGUGGGACUUAUUUUCUCCUGUUUCAUAGAAGACAAGAACACAAAGACCGGACGUGUCCUCUACACUUGCUUCCAAUCCGUACAAGCCCAGAAAAGCUCAGACUAUGAGAGAAUCGAAAUCCCCGUCCACGUCGUUCCCCACGUCACCAUCGGGAAAGUUUGCCUGGAGUCCGCGGUGGAGCUGCCGAAGAUCCUGUGUCAGGAGGAGCAGGACGCGUACAGGCGGAUCCAUAGCCUCACACAUCUGGACUCGGUGACCAAGAUCCACAAUGGCUCGGUCUUCACCAAGAAUCUGUGCAGCCAGAUGUCGGCGGUGAGUGGGCCUCUGCUGCAGUGGUUAGAGGACAGAUUGGAGCAAAACCAGCAGCAUCUGCGGGAGCUGCAGCGGGAGAAGGAGGAGCUCAUGGCGGAGCUGCGUUCGCUCGAAUAAAUCGAGGGAGCAGCAAAAAAAAAUCCGGGCGGGGGGACGUGGAGUGAACGGAAAUACCUCGAGUACAAUUUAUUAAACAAAAAUCAAUUUUGAAAAAGAUAAAGUCGGAGGGCCUACAUUAACAUAACUUCAAGAUUUAUUAUUGUAAAGCUACAGUGAUCAAGAUACGAUGAUAUUUGCAGAAGAAUCAAUGCAACAGGGAAGAAAAUCCGGAAAUAAACCCAACAAUAAUGUGCUUAACUACGUUUGAAAAAGUACAAAUGUGAUUCAAAGAGGAAAAGACAGUCAUUUAUUUCAACAAAUCAAACCUUCUCAAGCUAACAAAAUAUAUACAAUAAAUAAAUAUGUAAAAGAGUCUCUGAAUGUAUCACGGAUUUAAAUCCAAUAUGGAAGACUUAGGGAAAAAAGUUAUUCCAAAAAAGUUUUCAGGACUUAAGGACUUAACAUUUUCAACUCCAAAGCACAAUAUCACAAGAAAACAAAGUAGAGAGAUUGGACUUUGUUAAAAUUAAAGCUGUUUAUUCUGCAGAAAGAUGAAGAGGAAACCGUCGGUGAAAAAGAUGUGUCUGAAACUCGAAAGUAAAUAGCACCAGUAGAAAUGAAAAGAGACGUAAACAUUGUCACUAAAAAUGGUGAAAAUAGCAAAUCCUGUUGAGGGGGCAAAUGAGAUUCCUCACCAGUGACGGGAAUGUAAAAAUUCAUCGACUGGGUAGAAAAGUUUGGAAAUUUUUUUUAAGUUAAACAUACACUUAGCAUGACCCAGCCACCAAGCUGCACUGUCUUGGUACAAAAACUUUUACAAAAUUUUUCUUGGUAGUUUUAUCUGUGGAAGCUGCAAAUCAGAAACAGCCCAGAUUUUCUACAGUGAGUCCACAGCUAAAGAAACCGUUCUUAUGGUGGAAUAUUACUGUGUAGGAAAAAGGAACAUACCGCCUAAUGGUUUUGUCACUGAACUACAUCUCAGCCUGACUUAACUGGAUUUGGAAUCAUGUAAAUACAACGUGUACAUGAAGGUGUUUUCAAAAAAGUUUUAAGUGGGGAGAGAAGACUGAUCUUUAACGUAGGUGACACCAUUCCAUGGGGUAGGGCCCCAGACUGAAUAAAAAGAAGGGAAUGAUCAGAUCAUCAGGUCUGUCAAACAUGGAAUAUAUGCCUUCAAAUUGUGAGCCAAGAUAAACCCUACCUUACAUAAGUUGCUUUUAGCAGGUCUUUUGUCAAAGAAAUAAAAAAGUAAAAAAGCAGUGACAGUGACCUGUCAUCUAAGAUGGCUCUACCCAUCAAAACUACCUUUUAAAAUUGACAAAAAUACGUAUGCCAGUUCCAGUUUUCAUGUGCUUAGCAGAUUGAUGUUCAUUUUCUUUUGCUGGUGAAAAGUGGCUCCUUUAAAACAAAUACCCUAAAGAUAGUUGGAUCUUGAUUUUUAAUCCAGCAAGCAAGUUUUCAUUUCUUCAUUGGUAAAUCAGGUUUAUUUGCAUUUAAGAUUAUACAUGGAAGAUGAUUACUUAUUUUAACUACUUUGUUCAUUGAUUUUCUGGUUGACUGUUUAUUGUUUUCUUUCUCUCCAUUUGGGGUUUGCUUGUUUACUUAGAAAUCACCUGAUCAUUGCAAAAUAGAAGACUUUUUAAAAUUAAAAAUAAAAAAAAAAUCAAUAUU